CCACAAGGGGGUGCCCACAAAAUGGCACAACCCUGUAAAGCCAAUGCUUCCUAACCAUGCUUUUCAACCACAGGUGAGCUCCAGAGGCAAGCGGCCAGUUUCCCCAGGGUCCAAGAAUACAUCUGCAGAAUGGGGUGUUUCUGUAGAGUCACCCCCUCCCAGACUGCUUUCCAGGCGCCCUAUGAGGCCUAAGAUGGACCAGCAAUGCCCCUCCAGGUCCAGAAUAGCGACUCGUAGAGGUGCCACUUGCACCAGAUUACUUCCACCCAUGUCUGACUCUCAAUCUCCAAGGAAAUUCAAAACCAGAAAGAAGAUUCCUGAAGCCCCAGAGAACUCUGGCUCUGAUGACAGUGAUCCUGUGGAAUCUCUUCUCAGGUCAUCUACUUUCAGCUCGAUGAGAUCCAGACACAUGGACACCAAGAGUUCCAUCAGUGGUGACAAGAGCACUUCUAAGGAUCUGAUGGCUCUUAGCCAACACCCCAAACCUUGGACAAGCCCAAGACGGCAGAGAAAGGUUUCUUUCCUAGAUGCUGCAGGGUUAGGAGCAAGCUUGGCCAGGAAGCCUCUACUGAGUAGAGUCCCCUUGCAUUCCUCAACCACCACUAAAACGCAGAAUGUGUUAUUGUGUCAUGAUGGGGCCCCUACUGAGAGUCUGCCCCCUCCAAGUUCUCCACUCUGCAUGGGGGCAUGUGUGGAUCUGCAAACCACAGAGGACACUGCAGUGGAGGAGGGUGUGUAUGAGAGGUUGUUAUCUUUCAAAGGUCUACCACAGCACCUGAUGAAAACAACAUUUAAACCACUGAAUAAAACCCUCAGUUCCCUGGCUGCUUCUGUAGAGCAGAGGGCAACCAGGCACACAUCUCCCAAACACUCCUUCCAACCCCCGAUGGGGCCCUGGAUCCAGUCACAAGGCUCCAGAGAGCCUGAAAAGAUUCCAAAUAAGAAAGGCAGAUCUCUGGAACCACUAACUACCAGGCAUUUUUUCCAACCGUGGGUGAGCUCAGUAUUGGAGAAGCAAGUAGCUCUUGGGGGCCCCAACAAUCCUGCCCCUGGCUGGGGCAGCUCCAUCCAGCCCCAUCCUCCCAGGCUACCUGCUCAAAACUUGAGCCCACCCUGGUUGAGGAAGCAAAAGGUUUUAAGCUCCAAGAACACCUGUGAUGACUGGCGCCGGCCAGUGAAGCUGAUGACAUCCAGUCGGUCCUUCCAGUCCUGGCUGACCCCCAAGUUUGACCAACAGAUUUUCUCAGGUUUUGAGAGUGUGGCAGCCAAGAAAAACAACUCAGUGGAGAAGGUAGCUCCCAUAUCAACUUCACAGGCCCUAGUGGGUAAACUAGGUGCCCAGAUGCUCCAAUCUAGCAGUCCCGAGAGCCAGACCCCAAAUUAUGAUGAUGAAGAUGAGAUAGAGUAUGAGGAGGAGGAUGACUAUGAGGAGGAAGCAGAAGAAGAAGAAGAAGAAGAAGAAGAAGAAGAAGAAGAAGAAGAAGAAGAGGAAGAAGAAGAAGAAGAAGAAGAAGAAGAGGAAGAAGAUGUGGAUGAGGUCGAGGAGGAGGAGGAAGAGGAAGCAUUGGAGGAAGUGGAGGAAGAGGAGGAGGAAGAGGCGGCAGAGGAGGAGCAAGGUGUUUCUCAAGAGGCACUGCCUACCAGACACUUUCCCCGGGUCAUCAGAGGCCCCAAGUCAGGAUUCCAGAGCCUCGGUGGGGAGGACUAUGAGAAGCCUGUGCUCCACAGACAAUCUGAGGAGCUCCUGCUCAGGAGUGAGGCUGAGCCGCCACCCUCGCUCAGCUCAGUCAUAGGCGAAGGUGAGUCAGAAUCCCUGCAGCCUUCCAUAAAACCUUCUCAAAGUUUUUUAAAAUGUAUGGCAGAUAAAGUCCUUGCUGAAAGCCCCAUGGUGAUGGGGGGAGGUCACUUAGAUCCUCUGUCUCCAAAUUCAGAUUCCAAAUCCUUGCUGAAUCCCAGAGUGGAGAGCAAAGCUUUUGGGACAUGGGAAAAUGUUAGCAUGGAGGAAGGCUUCACACUAAAAUAUCCCUUAAAGUCCUUGAAGAAAGUUGAACAUCUGCGAGACCACCACUUGUCACAAUCGGAGAGUACUCCCACAAAAUGGAGCACUUCCAAGGAGCAGCUGCCUCCCAGGUCCCUUGACUGGAUGUGGGGGAAGGCUGAUCCCCAGCACGAAGUCUGCCCCUUGUAUUUCGAAAGCUCCCAGGGCCUGUGGGACCAGCCUACAGCACAACCACCUGCCAGGCAGCUUUUCCAAACUGAGCCUGGAACAAAUUUCCAGGCUCUGAAUUUCUUCCUAGGCUCCCUGACUCUCCGCAGAAAGACAAACACUGCCAAGGAGCGUCAGGAUUUCACUGAGCAUGGAUAUCAUCGACUACCUUAUCCAAGUCCUGUAGGUGACUUAUAUACCACUGAGGUGACCUAUCCUGAAAGUCACCUCCACGGCUGGGCUCAACUUAAAGUGCCACCGAUCACCUCAAAGACUAGAAAAUACAGUUGCACUUCUGAACAUCUCUUUAAGAACAUCCUAGAUCCUGGCACUAAGCCUGCAAAUCUUACCACUACUCCAGUCUGCCAGGCCUUCAGUUCUGAGGCCCCUUCCUCCAAAGAAGAAAUCCUUCAGAGUGGGAGUCAAAAUGAGGAGCACCAUUCCAGUUCUUCCACCUGCAAGACUGAGGUCCAAAACCUAUUUGGUAUCCGCCUACGCAAAGUCCCAUUCACACCCAAGCAUAAGGAAGAAAAUAAGGAGGAAUUGGCCAAACCUUCCUCACUAUCUUCAGGCCCCAUUAUAUCUUCCCUGGUGAGAGAUCACUCCAUGCGAAAGAGUAUCUCCCAGGGUUUCCUGGGUGUCCUUGAGAAUCAGACCACCACAUGCAAUUCAACGGAAAUACCACAGAGCAGACCAAAAUCGGAGACAGCAGAUAAGAUACCACCUAGCAAGUUCCCAGCUAAGCCUGCUCACAAGGCAGAUCAAACCACCUCAAAACCAUCUGCGUUGGCCACGACAAAACAGAGGCAGAAGAGUCCACUGUCCCCACUUCCUAUGAGAGAGCCACGACUCAGGAAGAAACACACAUCUAAAACUGAAACUAAGGAUUAUGGGGGAGGUAUUCCUCAGUACAUCAAACCAAGAAAGAAUCCCACUUCAAAAACUAAGAAAAAGGAGAAGACAGUAUAUCUGAAGCCACUCAAACCUAUCAAAACUGAUAUAAUUCCAAUAGGCUUUGCAGAUAAGCAACUCCAGCUGCCUAGCAAGGAGAAGGAAACCAGACUAUCUGAAAUGCUUCCCACCACAGAUCGAGAAUCUUCUGAUGAUGUUGAACAGGACGAGUCCAUCUGGAUUUCCCUCGCCAAGAAGAAUGCCAAAGCAUGGAGCCAGAAAAAUGAAAAAAUGCAAUAAAUUGCUCCUGGGUGGCACUUCAAUAA